AUGACGAAAAAUAUUGCUUAUGGAUCAUGUCAAUAUGAACAGGACUUUGCAAUGCAUGAAACACCGUGGCAGGAUGCACAAAAAUAUGGCGGAAAUGAACCGACAGUAGUAAAUAUCGGUUCAGAUGCAGCAUUUCCAGAAAGUGUUUCGGCCGAUAGAUUUCCGCUCUUUCCAUUUACAAAUCAAUUCAAUACAGGUGUUGAGAUCAAUCCUGCCAAUAAAGUGUCCUUAGCAGGUGAUAUCAAUGUUCCCAUUCCUGGUUGGGGUAUUUGGGAUUUGGACGCUAAUUUGUAUACUGGACAUAUCAAUGUCGAUAGCAAAGUUGGUUAUCAAACUAGGCCAACUAAUUAUCUAAAUAUCAAACCAGAGACUCUCGUACUGCUUGGUCAGAAUCCAGCUUUUCGAAAAGCUCGCAAGAAAGCUAAAGAAGUUGUUGUCGGAAGGUUGCCAUACGGUUAUGAACCAAUCCGUUGCAAACCACCGUACUGUAAUCCGUUCGUUCACCAUACUGGUGUUGCUGUAGAAGUGGAACAAGGUGAUGAUGCAUUCUUCAUCGGUGGGGUUGAUUUCCCGAUCCCAUUAGGAGAAAAUGGAAUUGGAGUAAGAUUUCCACUUUCCGGUGCUUUUGAAUACGGUACUUCACCUGUAGCAUAUGCCCACGGUGAUGCUUUCAAUCCUUGGUCACCAUUUGAUUUGAAAAGUUUGGAUGAUGAACCAAACUGA